AUGAGAAAAAGCAUUACAGAUAAUCUUGAUUUGAAUGUUUUCUGGUAUAUUGGUACAAAAGUAAUAACAAAUGGUGGACGAUAUCGAUAUUGGCGCAAAGGUUUCGAUUGUUGUUUGGAAAUAUUUGACUGUGAUAUAUCAGAUUCGGGCGAUAUUAUAUGCGUUGUAGAAGUAACAAAUUCAAUUGCUUCUGAUAUUAGUGUAUUGCAUGUCAAUGAUGAUGAUUUAGCUGGAAUUGAACCAAAAUUUUUUCAAAAUUUGAAAUAUGAUGAAAUUUACGGUUGUCUACAGUUGGCAUGUCAGGUGUCAGGCUAUCCAAUACCUUAUGUUACCUUUCAUUUUCGCAAUCGUCGCAUUACAAGCAAUCAACGAAUAAAUAUUGAUCGAAAAAAUGAUUGGUGGAUAUUACGAAUCAAUAAUUGUACAGUUGAUGAUGAAGGUAAGUAUAUAGCUAUUGCAAGAAAUCGGAUCGGACGAGUCAUUUCAUCUUGUUCAGUGAUUUUAAAUAAUAAAGAUCCAUCUACCUAUAUAGCUGAUGUAUAG